AUGGAGGAGAGGAGUGACAUCAACAUGGAGAAGUCAGAUGAGAUCCUCAUGCCGGGUUUCCGGUUCCAUCCCACCGACGAAGAGCUGGUUAGUUUCUACCUCAAGAGGAAGAUCCAGCAAAAGCCUAUCUCCAUUGAGCUUAUCAGGCAGCUGGACAUCUACAAGUUUGACCCAUGGGAUCUCCCAAAGCUUGCGAGCACCGGUGAGAAGGAGUGGUACUUCUACUGCCCAAGGGAUCGGAAAUACCGCAACAGUGUAAGGCCAAACAGAGUUACAGCAGCCGGUUUCUGGAAGGCCACAGGGACAGACAGGCCAAUCUACUCCUCUGAGGGCACCAAGUGCAUAGGCCUGAAGAAGUCCCUUGUGUUCUACAAAGGGAGAGCAGCAAGGGGGAUGAAAACUGACUGGAUGAUGCAUGAGUUUAGGCUCCCUUCGCUCACCGAUCCCUCGCUCCCCAAGCGUCCGAUCGAUAAGACCAUUCCACUCAAUGACUCCUGGACUAUCUGUAGGAUCUUCAAGAAAAUCAGUUCCAUGGCGCAACGAGUGCUGUCGCAUACCUGGGGGCCUCCACUGCCUGGGGCAACAGAGGCAGAUAUGUUCGCCGCGUUGCAGUCAGUGCAAGCUUCAGAAUUUGCUCUUGAGAGCUCACUGCAAGUUGCACCGCCUGCACCUGCAGCUCAGUUCACCAGCAGACAUGGCUUGCAUGGCCAGCAGCAGCAGCAGCAGCAGCAGCAGCAGAAGGGUAACAACAACCCAUCUCUGGACGGCUCCUCAUGCAAGCUCAUCAACUUCAACAGCAGCCCAUCCGAGGAACCCCAGAACUUCCCAAUCACCUUCCCUUUCGAAGUGCAAGCGGCACCGCAGAAGGCUGCAGCUGCGGCGCCAAUCUUUUUCGGCGCGCAUCCUGAUCAUCACCUCAGUGGAUUCGUGGUCGAUUCUUCUGCCGAUGUCAAUGGCGGCAUCGGUGGCAGGAGUCAGGACUCCUCGUCCACCAGGAAGCCUAGCAAUGGCUUCAGCACCAACAGCAGUGACUGGGGGGAAACUGCGGGGAGGAUCAACUUCCCGUUUGAUCUGGGUGCAGAUUCUUCAGAGGAGUGGAGAUGCAACAUACCCUGGGAGUCCUUCCUGACUAGCCCAGCUGCUGUCCAGACUGAGCUGCCACACUAG